AGCUAACCGGACGCCCGUCUAGUCGUUCGUGGUCACCUUUCCCAUUGUAAUUUUGCUUGACUCUCUUCGGAUGCCAAACUCGCUGAAUCAGAUGAUCUGCUAGACAUUCUGACCACGAUUCGGCAUGUCAUCUUCGUUUGUCGACUUCGACUGGACAUUAUCCCUAGUACAUGCUGGAGCGUAUUUGAAUAUUGACGAUAUACUUGCAUCCAGCGAGAGAACCACUUGUCGCCUCCGUGUUUCUCUCCCUGGACUGGCCCCUCUUCUAUUGUCUGAUUCGACAAAUGUCUCGUUUGGCCAGCACCGUUCACAAGACACAGCGCUUGCAGAGGAGUCAUCUGUUCAGGUCCAGACUGACGUUCCAGCAGGGUCAAAGCUAGAAUUACCGGUAUGGUUGGCUCUGGCUUUGGGGAGUGGUCGUCGUCAACUGGCAAGCGUUGAUCUACCUCUUAUUUAUAAGGAUGCGUUCACCGAAGUAUUCGAUGCUGAUCCUUGUGUGGUUGAUCUGAGGAGGAAAGCGCCCUUGUACUACUUACUGAUGUAUAAUCUACUUGGCGUUGGAUCAGCACAAGCUGGGCGAAUGGCGGCAACAGCCGCAAGGGUAUUUCAGAUACGACUCAAAUCCGUAAUGGACGCUGCUUUGAAUGCCAGUCGCCAAGACACGCUACACUCAACCGGCAAAUUUGACAAUCUUGAAAUGGCUCUUUUCCGUGUCGGACAAUCAGAGCGGUUACAGUUGGAGCGCUGGACCCUGAGGCAUCACCACAAAAUCGAGCCCAGUGCGUUUCUCAAGUCGGUCGUAGCUCGGUCUCAUGCAAAAAAAGCAAAAGUACUAACGGAGAGUAAUGUGGAUGCCAACUAACAAGAUUUAUCUAUUUUUGUAUGUUUAGCUCUUUAUUUAAAAAUCUC